GUCAUCUAGUAUUAUAUACAGUACAUUCAUUCGCUUCGCCACGUACGUUCAGCAUCGUCGUCUUUCGAAAAAUGUGGUUCGGUGGCGGACCCAUCGACGCGGCGGGCGCGCUGCGCGGCUUCGUGCGGGAAGCAGGCGGGUGCGCGGUGGUGGACGGGGGUCUCGGCACGGAGCUGGAGGCGCACGGCGCGGACCUGCACGACGCGCUCUGGAGCGCCAAGUGCCUCGCCUCCGCCCCGCAUCUCAUCCGCAAGGUCCAUCUGGACUACCUCGAAGCAGGCGCGGACGUCAUAAUCUCUGCGUCCUACCAGGCCACGAUCGAGGGGUUCCAGUCGAGGGGCUUCUCGCGGGACGAGAGCGAGGAGCUGCUGCGGCGUAGCGUGCACGUCGCGCAGGAGGCGCGCAGGGUCUUCGCGGCGGAGGGCGACAGGUCAUCGCGCCGCGGACGCCCGCCGGCGCUGGUGGCGGCCUCGGUCGGGAGCUACGGGGCGUACCGGGCAGACGGCUCCGAGUACAGCGGGGAUUAUGGAAAAUCGAUGACGAAAGAAGAUCUGAAGAACUUCCACAGGAGGCGGCUGCAGGUGCUGGCAGGCGCGGGGCCCGACCUCAUCGCCUUCGAGACGAUCCCAAACAAACUCGAAGCGCAGGUCUACGCUGAGCUCCUCGAGGAGAACGGCAUACGGAUCCCAGCCUGGUUCUCCUUCACUUCCAAGGACGGGGUGAACGCGGCGAGCGGAGACCCGAUCAACGAGUGCGCGGCCGUCGCUGAUUCCUGCCCGAGGGUGGCCGCGGUCGGAGUGAACUGCACUGCUCCCAGGUUCAUCCACGGGCUUAUCCUCUCCAUAAAGAAGGUGACGAGCAAGCCGAUCGUCGUGUAUCCGAACAGCGGGGAGUCGUACGUCGCGGAGACGAACGAAUGGGUGGACUCGGACGGCGCCACGGGGACGGACGACUUCGUGUCGCGCGUCGGCGAGUGGAGGCGGGCGGGGGCCGCGCUCAUCGGAGGGUGCUGCAGGACGAGCCCGGCCACGGUGCGAGCCAUCGCGCGGGCGGUGCGCGAGGCGGAAUACGACGAUAUCCCUGCCGUGGCCGUGCUCUAAGCUUUUGCUAGUUCUUCCAUUCCCGGCGGAGAAACUGAAGACGGUCAUCUUCGGCAAUAAAGAACACACGCUCGAGUGCCACAUUGUGCGCAGUUGUCUUUGAUGUGGAGAAACUGGAGACGGCGAUUCGUCGUCAUGCUCACGUUCCUUCGGCAAUAAAAUGCACGUGCACGAGUGCCACAUUGUUCGUA